AUGAGUCGCGAUUAUGCUCGCGACAGCGACAGCGGCACCGAUUACUCGGAGGGGUUGUCCUUGCCGAGUCGAACCAACGAGCCCCCGCCAGAAGUCGAGUCCAUCGUCGACCCAGACGUUGACGAAGAAGAUGAUGAAGAAGCUGAGGAAGACCCGAAUGAAGACGCUGAUGAAGAAAACUCAACACCAUCCCUGGGUUUUGCUAGAGACUCGUCGCCGAUUCAUGUUGUACACCGCGCUCAGCGAGCACGGCGAUUUGCAGUUCCAAACCGAGUAGUAGAGGCUCCCCAAUUCAAUGCGCGCGCCCAGAGAGCCCCGGAACACCGUGCCCGGACUCGAUAUCACAUCAGAAACUACAGUCCUAUUCUACCUGUCAGCGAGUAUAAAUUUUGGUUCAACCAGGUACAUUCCAAGUUUUUGAAACGCCUGAGAACUCAACAAAGGUUUUCAAUUCGGCGAUCAAUCUACCUAGCUGUGCUGGCACUAUACGUUUCGUAUGAUGACUUUCGAGUUUGGAACCAUCUCUAUGGUCCAGUCGGGGCCAUUUCCAUUGCUGCACUCGCCAAGAAAUCAAUAUGGAAACUGCAAGCAGAGGUCCUGGCCUCCGUUGUCGAUGAGCUUCAAUGGAGAUAUGAGCCAGAGUCUCUAAAAGAAAAAGCUCCGCCCUUUGGUGCCGAAAAAUCAUCAACUGAUCCUGCGCAACAAGGCAUUCCUAUAGCCGAGAAGCAGGAACAGAGCAAUGGUGCGAACCCCAUAUCCUCGGAAGGCCAAGGACCGCACCGUGUGAGUCGGGCGCCUUCUGCGGAUAGCCAUAGGCCAGAACGGCCCGGCUCAGAGGACUCCCUGCAAGAUCGGCAAGAUAACGCAGCUGGACGGCGGAGAAGUCCAAUGAAUCAAAGACCACAUGACAGCCCGGGGCGAAACAUUGACAGGGAUGCUCCAAUUCCCCCGGCUGGAUUUAGCGGACCGGGACUGUCAUUCAAAAAGGCAGUUGAAGACGAGAGUGCUAGAAUUGGCACGUCGGGUGGUAUAAUCACAGCCGUGGCUAUGGCAGCCCUAGCAUUACAAAAUGUAUCCCAGACCCACUGGAUAGCUCGAUCAUGCUGGACAUCGAGUAUGGUUACUGCCCUCCUAGCUGUGUACUUCUCAAACGAUCAAGCUUGGACUAUUAGCCACCUAUCAUCCGAGAAUAGACUGCGAGCCUGGAUCAUGGACGUUGACCCCACGGAUGACUACGAAGAAGCGCUUUUGCAGAGACUCAAGCAUCAAAGCGAAGACUCGAAAUCGGUUAUCUUGAACAGUAUAACCCCAGCUCCAUCGUCUGCCAUCACGAUAUCAGCCCCGUCGUUGCUAUUAUCGUCAUCUCUUUUGCUCCUUCUCUCUGGAAUGGGAGUUUUCCUCGCGUUCAUCUGGACCCGUGAAAUUGACCAGGAUGCUGGUACCGCAAGCAGCAGAGAUGUCUUCAUCGUCUACAUUGUUACCCUGGGUGUGUCGCUAACUACCGUUGGCUUUUUCUCAUUGGGCCGAGUCGCUGUCCCUAUACGAUAUACAAUUAUCAAGAGCCUCAUAGGUCUUUCAAUCGAUGCUCGAAGGGAGGGCGUGACGAAUAGGGUGGAUAAGAAGGAGGUAUUAUUAUACCGACAGCUACAGUCUAUGUACGAUGCGAGAGAAUUGAUGGAGCGCCAGGGAGCGAGAUUGGAAGAAAAAAUAGAGGAUUUGCAACGUGCUUAUGCUAGGGGCUGA